GUCGUCGAAGGGAAAACUUCCGGAUGCGGAUGCCCGUCACGACAAUGGAGUUCUCAUGACCUACCCUCUGCAUCCUUCGAAGUGACCUCAGUCUCAGAUCCCGACCUCUGGUGAAUCAACUGCUGCGGCGACAUGGCAACAACUGGAGCCGUUUGUCCUCAUCCUAAGGGACUGCAGCUCGUUCGCGAAGGAGAAGCCCGUCUAAUUGCUGCAGCUGCUGUGUCGUCAGGUUCUAGGGGCGACGUAGCAUCGCGUCCUCAGCCGAGUUCAGUUGUAGCGUCUGGAGUAUCGAAACGUUGCCGUUUGGACAGAGUUCAUCGUGACCAUCUCUCGAAAACGCCGCGUGAUGAAGGAAAGAGGCGGGCAGGAAAUCCAGCUGUCAAGGGAUGGAGUCUUGAGUAUGCAAGACUUGGGGGCUCAUGUGGGGGGGGAGGGGGAAGGGGAGGGGGAGUGCAGUUGCAAAGCAGUUUUUGGGGAUCAUCGUGGUCCUGCUGUAUUCCUUGCAGUUUCUCUCAGCAGGGACGGGUAUCUACCCGAUCCCGACCAAUCAAUCCCUCUCCCUUUCCCAGCUAUUGUAAAGGUCAGUGCUCAGGAACUGGGUCUCUGAGAUCUGCCGUGCGCCCGCACUGCUAUGUACAGAGUUACAGCCAGAAGGUCAGUCUUGACCUGUCAGCGAAGCCGUGUCGGCUUGGCUCGAGCUCAUCUAUUGGCCAGGAUAACCAGAGGCACAGCCAGAGGAGAGGGGAUCGAGUCCUGGCUCGUGUUGUGUCAUCUGCAUCGGGCGAACGUCAGCUCCUCAACGCCGAUGAUUACCUACCCAGGGAGUUCGCGAGGAGUUCAGCUGGAAUAGAGCUCCUGGAGCUGGAAAGAGGUGUGUGCAACCCAUUCAAGAAGUACUCUCCUGAAGGGGUUCGUGCGAGGGCUUUCGAAUCUCCAGGAGCUGCAUUCGCAGUAAUUGCCCGGGGUCUGAAAAUUGUGUGCUCACUGGGCUUGUACUGGGCUAAUGUGAGCCUUGAUGUCCUGUUCGGCCGAGACAUGGAGAUGGUGCCAUAUCGCGCAGAACAACUCAGAAACCUGCUCGUUGAUCUUGGCCCUUCGUUCAUCAAGUCUGGACAGGUCUUAGCAAACCGCCCAGAUAUCAUUCGAGCAGACUACAUGGAAGAGCUCUGCAUUUUACAGGAUGAUGUUCCUGCCUUUCCAAGCGAUAUAGCAUUCCGGAUGAUUGAAGAAGACCUUGGGCAACCACUGACGUCGGUGUUCAGCAAGAUUUCAAAAACUCCUGUUGCAGCAGCCAGUUUGGGACAAGUGUACAGGGGUACAUUAGCAAAGACCGGAGAGGAAAUUGCUAUAAAGGUACAGCGACCUGGGAUCGAGCCCAUCAUUUACCGGGACCUCUUCCUGUUCCGGAUGCUGGCAUCGUUUGUUAAUGGAUACUGCCUGAGGAAGUUGGGAUGCAAUGGAGAGUUGAUUGUCGAUGAGUUUGCAGAGAAGCUCCUAGAAGAGCUGGACUACAAGCAGGAGGCACGCAACAUCGAGGAUUUUUACAGAAACUUCGAGGGUGAUCCAACAGUCAAGAUUCCUCGUGUUUACAAGGAGCUAAGCAGCUCCCGUGUUCUGGUGAUGGAGUGGAUUGAUGGCAUUCGCUGCACCGAUCCUCAGGCAAUCUGGGAAAGUGGGAUUGAUGUGAACGCAUUUAUUACCAUCGGGGUAUCUUCGGGGCUACGGCAAUUGCUGGAAUUUGGUCUUUUUCAUGGAGAUCCUCAUCCUGGCAACAUUUUUGCAAUGCGAGAUGGACGAAUCGCGUACGUAGAUUUUGGCAAUGUCGCAGAACUCAGCCAGUUCCUAAUCUUCCACUUUUGCAGUACUGUUACCUGCCUUUGCUGGCCGCGCUUGGCCUUAGACGCAUUCACUGACUUUCAGGGGUAUGAUCUGCCAACUGGGUUGGACUGAUCGACAUAACUACCAGCCCCUACUGGACUCGACCUAACUGCCCCCCACCCAUUUCACGGGUACUAAUGUACAUGGGCACUGUGCAAGGAAAAUGAGCGAUAGGGAACUUCAGAAACCAAGCAGCAUCAUACACAUGAGACCAGAUAGUCGUGACCUCGAACCGAAAGCAGAAUUGCAUCACGAGUCCCACCAAAUAAGAGCACAGCAAAAGCUCAUAAGUGACAAUGUUCGAAUAGUCUCAUCAUCAUCAACAAAGAACCAAUGUCGAC